CUAGGUCAGCCUGGGAAAGACAGGUGAAUGGAACAACACGGAAAAGCAAACACCAGGUCUACAGAUGCUGUGCUAGAGGCCUUGGUGGAAGAGGUGGAAAAUCAAGGAUAUGUCAGAAGGUGGUGGGAGCAGAUGGGUUGUGGAUGCCAAUAUCUAAGCGGAGUUAAGCUCCAAAGACGUGGAUGGAGUGAAAAAGAUCAAUGAUCUCGACCGAAUCAUCAAGGAUACAACUGAUAGCAUACUGAAACAGAAUCUGGGUAACCAUCUGAAAGAAACUGUAAGCAAGAUGGAAUCACCAUUGUGGAACAUGACUGAAGAGCCCACAAGUCUGGUAGGGUUAGUGAUGAAUGCCAGUGAGAACUCCAGCUCAAUAGGCCAAGCAGAUGAAUCCUGUGUCAACUGGGACCCCAUGCAAAACAUUAUUCUCCCGCUUGUCUACUUGGUGGUCCUGUUUGUUGGACUCUUCGGGAACUGCAUUGCAUUGCUGACAUUUCUACAGAACGCCAGGAAGGUUAAAAAAGCAAUCCGGGUGUACCUGAUUAACCUGACACUGGCUGACAUCCUGUUUAACCUCACUUUACCGUUUUGGGUGGUUUAUUAUUUCAAGGGGGGAGACUGGAUCUUCUCAGAGGUCAUGUGUCGGUUAGCUGGAACAUUCUACUACAUCGCAACGUACAGCGCCAUCACCUUUAUGAUCUUCAUUAGCAUCAACAGAUACUGCACAGUUCGAAUGAGAAAACUUAACCUUCCCUUCAAUAAGCCAGUUGGAUCUCUUUGCACGUGUGCAGCUAUUUGGAUAGUUUGGAUUGCAUGUGCCAUUCCUACAUUGAUACAGCAGCAGUCAUUCAAGAGGGGGACUACCAUUGUAAAAUGUUUUGAAGAAUACUCUGGCAGAAGGUUUUAUGUGUAUGCAUCUUUCACGUUCUUCCUCAUAUCCUUAUUGAUUGUUCUACUGAGCUACAUUUCAAUAAUGAAAGCUCUUUCAGCCCAAGGGAAAGCAUCUCAAGGCAUCCAUCGAAGGCUGGCUAAGUCGAUGGUGCUGGGGAUGCUUGUAGUGUUUUUGGUCUGUGCUUUGCCCUACCAUGUUUUCCUAAUCCCCUGGGAGUUAAGCAGAGCUAACUCCAAAGAGAUGCCUCACUGUGGCCCUCCCAAGGCCAUAGACAUUAUCCACCAACUGAAUGUGGCUUUGCUGAGCAUGAAUAGCUGCAUUGAUCCAAUUAUCUACUGCUUCUCCGUAAAGAGAUUUCAGAGAGAGUUGAUGAGAACAUUCAGAAAACUGAUGCGCUGCCUGCCCUUUCAAGUCCACACAUUUGAGGCCUCAGAAAUCCAUAUCAGAUCGACAUCACUCACUACCUCGUAGCCUUGGGGCUGAGAAGAAAUGGGACCUGAUCUUCAGGUCAGCACUCAGCGCUCUGCAGUCCAUUACAUACUUGCGGCUGAGUUAGAAAUGAAAUGCCAGGCCAUCCUUGGGAGACAUCACCCACAAGUUUUACUGAUGUAAAGCAUCCAUCUGGCUUUUCUCAGCAACUGCCUGCACCAAAUGAACCUUGGCACGACUGAAAAGAUGCUUGUGACCGCUACAAUUUUUAAAUUCCCACAGAGUGAAUUUUCGUCCUUAAAGAGUGUGCAGCUUAAACUCUAGCCACUGUUGGCGUCAGAGAGCUUGUUUUAGAGCAGCAAGGUCUAAAAUUGAUUUUGAAUUUCGAAGUUAAUGACUUUAAAGGAGCAUUGCCCCUAGAAACAGAUGCAAGAGAAACAUGUUGAUGAAGGGAGAUUUGCUGAAAAAAUCUUAUCGUUUUUAUUAUAGUGAAGUCAAAUGGAAAGAAGGCAAAAGACACAUGUUGAUAAAUUCGUACAUCACUGAGUCAUAUAUUGGGAAGUACAUGGGGAGGUGAAUCCUUUCCUUUGUACUUAAAGCAACCUAUACUCCAUGUCAGAAUUCUUUUUAGUGACAAUGGAUAUGAACGUUUCUUCCAUUCCCCAGAAUACUCAACAGGAAAAUUGAAUCAGAUACAUUGCGCUGGUCUUUUUUCUCAUUGCAAUCAAUCCGGGUUAUUUUACUUCUUUCGAAAUUUGUUUGUGACAUAAAUUUUCUUUUUGUAGUGAUGAGCUUCACUUUUUUUAUUGUGGUAUCAAUUUUGUACUUUGUAAAGUAUUCAUAAUAUUUUUAUUUGUAUUUUUCAUUGAAAUUCUGACCUCGACUUUGCUUAGUUAAAGUCCUGGA